AUGACAGAAAAGGAGGCCAAUCCAGCGGAAGAUGUCUACCUGCAGUUCUUAAAGGACUUUGAAAAUGUUCCUGAGGAACCUAGCUGGCAAACUGAUGUCUACAUAGGGGUGUUAACCCGUCGUCGAUCUGAGAAGCAGCAGCAAGGUCAUGAUAUUAAUGGAGCUCUUGAACCAUCAAACAUUGACACCAGUAUCCUGGAAGAAUACAUUGGCAAGGAGGAUUCACCAGAUAUCUCUGACUUGGACUCCCUUCCUGAAAUCCCUUCCUCAGCUGGCUACCCUCAUGUUCAGGCUUCCAACUCUGCCACUGCAUCUGUCUCCAGUGCUGGCCAUGUGACCAACAUUGUGUCCAGUGGUGCCCUCCAUCAUGGCCCCACAAGUACCCAACUCCCGAUCCGGCACGGUCUCCAUCACGGCACCCCAAGCAGCCAAGUUCCAAUCCGACAUGGUCCCCCUUUGUCCAACCCUUGUGGACCCAGCUACAGUGCUCACCUCAACUGCAAUAACAACAAUGGCAUGGUGGUGCCCAAGGGAUACCUUGGAGGCCACUGCCUGACUAGUAUUGGCCCUCCAAUCAAAUCAGAGCUCAAAGCGUCCUAUGCACCCGGCACUUUACCGGACUCUCCCCCGGACUCUGGAUCAGAAGCGUACUCCCCCCAGCAGGUGAAUGAUCCCCACCUCCUUCGAACCAUGACUCCUGAGAACAUGUGCCAUGUGACUCCUUCCCGGCUGGAGCAUCCUCCACCCCCCCCACCUCCACCCCCCCACCUCCAGGGGCUGCCACCUCACUCCCACCAGCAGCAACAGAGCCACCACUAUCCCAGCAUGCAGCGGGACAUGUACAUGAAGGCUGAGCCACUGAUGCCACAGUUCACUAUCGGACAGGGCAUGGCACCAGGGGAUCUCCACCAUGCCCAGCAGUCACAGAUGCUUCACCAGCUUCUGCAGCAGCAUGGAACAGAUCCCCACAGCCUUCCAGUACACCCUGCCAAGAAAAGGAAACAUUCAGAGUCUCCCCCAAGUACUCUUAAUGCCCAGAUGCUGAAUGGGAUGAUAAAGCAGGAGCCAGGUACGGGGUCUGUGCCACUCAACCAUGACAGAGUCCAAACACCUCCCUGGCAUCAGCAGGGGGCUCUCUCACCAGGCCUGAUUCAGGACAAUGACAGUUUGAAUGGCUCUUACCUAGAUCCCAACUACCAGUCUAUAAAAUGGCAGCCACAUCAGCAGAACAAGUGGGCGACUCUAUACGAUGCUAACUACAAAGAGCUACCAAUGCCCACCUAUCGGGUGGAUGCAGAUAAAGGCUUUAACUUCUCGGUGGGUGACGAUGCUUUCGUGUGCCAAAAGAAGAAUCACUUCCAGGUCACAGUAUACAUUGGCAUGAUUGGUGAUGCCAAGUAUGUCAAGACCCCAGAGGGCUUGAAACCACUCGAGUGCUUCUACCUGAAACUACAUGGUGUGAAGCUGGAGGCCUUGAACCAGUCCAUCAACAUAGAACAGUCACAGUCCGACCGCAGCAAGCGGCCCUUUAAUCCUGUCAUGGUCAAUUUGCCUCCAGAGCAGGUUACAAAGGUCACUGUAGGGCGACUGCAUUUCAGCGAGACCACAGCCAAUAACAUGCGGAAGAAGGGCAAGCCCAAUCCCGAUCAGAGAUACUUCAUGUUGGUUGUCGCCUUGCAAGCUCAUGCCCAGAACCAGAACUACACUCUAGCUGCUCACAUCUCUGAGCGCAUCAUUGUUAGACAACGGGCCGGUUCGGGGUUAAAACACAAACAGAGGGCAGACGGGGACCCCGGAGUCUGCAGACAAGCCUCCAACCCAGGUCAGUUUGAGAGUGACAGCGACGUACUCUGGCAGCGUGCUCAGCUUCCUGACACUGUGUUUCAUCACGGCCGAGUGGGUAUCAAUACAGAUCGCCCUGAUGAAGCCUUGGUUGUUCAUGGUAAUGUGAAAGUAAUGGGGUCCCUUAUGCAUCCAUCGGACAUCCGAGUAAAAGAUGACAUCCAGGAGGUAGACACCACAGAACAGCUGAAGAGGAUCUCCCGUAUGCGACUGGUGCACUACAACUACAAGCCAGAGUUUGCUGCCACUGCGGGUGUUGAGAACACAUCUGAGACAGGUGUCAUUGCUCAGGAGGUGCAGGAAAUUCUCCCAGAGGCUGUGAAAGAUACAGGGGACAUAGUCUUUGCCAGUGGGAAGACUAUUGAGAAUUUCCUAGUAGUGAAUAAGGAGCGCAUUUUCAUGGAAAAUGUAGGAGCUGUGAAGGAGCUUUGCAAACUGACUGACAACCUGGAGACACGGAUUGAUGAGCUGGAGAGGUGGAGUCAUAAACUUGCCAAGCUUAAACGACUGGACAGCAUGAAAUCAACUGUGAGCUCUGGUGCAUUCAGUCAAGCAGGGAGUCAGUUCAGCCGUGCAGGAAGCAUGCCUCACAAAAAGAGACCCCCCAAAAUGGCCAGCAAGUCCCCAUCUGUUGUCACAGACCAGGCUUGUAUCAGCCAGCGUUUUCUACAGGGCACCAUCAUUGCCCUAGUGAUCAUCAUGGCGUUCAGUGUGGUGUCCAUGUCUACUCUCUAUGUGCUAAGCUACCGCAAUGAGGAGGACCUUCUGGAUGCUGAAGGUUCUUUUGCUGUGUCUUCCAUUUGUCUCCUGGCUUUUUUCCAGCACAGGGGUCCUGGCAUCCCAGUUGCUCUCUGUCCACGAUCCAAUCAGAAUAUUGAUAAGAAUCAGCUUCUGUAUUCGACUGCUGCCUCAUCAGAUGCACCUGGUGACGAUCCCCCUCCACAGCAUGCCACAACACAUGUGCCAGAUUCUCUCUAUGGCUUGCCUGUCCAUAGCAUAGUAGUGUGUUUCACCCCUCCUUGCUUCUCCAUGUGCUGUUCUGUUCCCAGCAAUGUGUCUUCUGCCGCAGCUUCAGAGACUACCACCACUAUCACCACCAAUCGGAUGGAACAGAGCCUUGUGUCACUCCUGCCAGUGACCAACAUCAGAGCCAAAUCUAGAGGAGUCACAGGCAAGGCAGCUUCUCAUACAAAGUGGCCAAAGAUGUCUGAGAGACUGCGGGGCUUUGGUGGCCCCAAUGCCAGCCCAUCUUCCCCCUUCACCCACAUUCAGAGCAAGUCCAAGUACAUCUCCAACCUCCCUCUGACACACAACAGCUUCCCACCGGGGCAGGCACGGCAGCAGCGUAGCAUCAGUCAACGAGGCCCUGAGGAGCCCAGAACAGGGAGUGCCAGCCAGGAUGUGGCUCUUGUAUUGCAGUCUGUUUCACUGCUGGAGACGAAUGUGGCCAUCACACCCCAGAACUGUGCUGCUGGUGAUGAAUGCAGGAUGGGAAACAUUACCUACCGCAUCCCCAUCAGCAAGUUUACUGCCGUGAACACAAACCUUACCUUGGAGAUGAAUGCAUCCUCUACUGUGUCUGGCUAUCUUUGCGGUCUCAUCUCCAGCAACCCAUGUCAUCACACCAUAGAGAACGUGGGCAGCUUCACUGAUACAACAGACACCCAGGGAACAACAUACCGUUGGCCUGUGAUGAUGAUGCCAUUCCAGGAAUUCACUUACCACUUCCGAUUUGCCAGGCCUGGCCAAGCUAACUGUAGUACUGCUGUGGAGCAAAGGGGCUCUCUCUUCACUGACUAUUACUUCCAGUUCUACUGGCUCUGUGAGUGA